UUCAUUCUAUUUGUUGUUCACGUACUUUUCUUUCAAAAACUCUAUCUAUCCUUUGAAAUGGAUCCAAAUUCUAUUUACAAUUCUUCAUCAUCUUCGGAUGAAGAUGAGGGAAAUUUGCAAAUGAUGAACCUUUUCAUCCAAACACAAGAAAUGAUGCGUAGUAGAAUCCACAUCAACAACUUGUUGAUUCAACACCUUCGUGACCAACAAAGCCGCCAAGUAACACGUCGUGGUUCGGUUCCAGGGCAUAUUGUCAUUAAUCGUGAUCGAGAGGGAGCUCACGUUAGAUUGUACAAUGAUUACUUUGCAGAUAAUCCAUUGUACAAUGAGGCCAUGUUUCGAAGGAAAUUCCGGAUGUCUCGUUCAUUGUUCGUUCGCAUUGUGGAUGCAGUUAAGGAACAUGAUGACUAUUUCAUACAACGACAAGAUGCAACUGGGAGGCCCGGACUAUCACCCCUUCAAAAGGUAACAUCAGCUAUUCAUAUUUUGACACGUGGUUUGCUGCCUGAUGCUAACGACGAGUAUGUCAAAUUAAGUGAGAGCAGUGCGAUUAAAAGCCUAAAACGUUUUUGUCGUGCGAUAGUAGAGAUUUUUUCAACUCAGUAUUUGAGAGCGCCAACAAGUAGUGAUAUUGCUAGACUUCUAUACAUUGGUGAACAACAUGGAUUUCCAGGAAUGUUGGGCAGUUUAGGUUGCAUGCACUGGAAAUGGCAAAAGUAUCCUAUAGGGUGGAGUAGUUCGCAUUCGGGUCGUAGUGGAAAUCCUACGAUUAUUCUUGAAGCUAUAGCAGAUUAUGAUCUUUGGAUAUGGCAUGCUUAUUUUGGAUUCCCUGACACCAACAAUGAUGUCAAUGUGUCAGCAUCAUCUAAUCUUUUUUAUAAUCUCACUCAAGGUUUUGCUCCUCCCGCUCAUUAUGUUGUUCAAGGAAAAGAAUGCAAUAUGGGUUAUUACUUAGCAGACAGUAUAUAUCCAAAAUGGUCUACGAUUGUGCAAACAAUUGAAGAGCCUCGUACUCCAAAGACAGAAUAUUUUGCAAUGAAACAAGAAGCAUGCAAAAAAGAUUUAGAACGUGCUAUUGGUGUUCUUCAGGCACGUUUUACAAUUGUUGCAGGACCUGUGCGUUAUUGGGAUAAAGAAGCAUUGCGUGACAUAAUGAUUACAUGUAUAAUUUUGCAUAACAUGAUAGUUGAGGAUGAGCGUGAUUUUACUUCUCCAAUUGAUGUUGCUAGAGAGGCGCCACAACCGGAAGUUGAGAUGGCAACCAAUGAAGAUACUCGGUUUCAAGAGUAUUUGUCUCGGUAUGAAGCAAUAAGAAAUAAAAAUGCUCAUCUAGAACUCCGAAAUGCAUUAAUUGAUCAUCUGUGGGAACAACGUUCCGAUUUUGAAUCUUAGAUUUUAGCUAUUUUACGUGUUAGUAGCAUAUGUUAUGUGAUUGUGGUAUGCUUAAUGUUUUUCAGCUAUUUAGAUUGUUCAGUUUAGUGGAAGAAUGUUUUGAAAUCUUAAAUUCUAGCUAUUGUAAAAUACUAAUGUAAUUGUGGCA